AGCUGUCCCCACGGCAUACGCGAAUCCAUGUGGUCAUAGCAAGACACGGUGACACCAGGGGAGCGAGAGCGUCGGUAAGCCGGCAAGCAUUGUUGACCAUCCAUGUGUAUAUAUAUAUACGUGGAAGCUUGCCGGGAUCCGUGGAGUUCGUCGUCUUCUGCUCUGCUCCUUCUUGUCCAAGCCCGUCUAUCCGUCCCAAGCAUCUUGACCUUCUCGGGAGAAACAAGACCAGAACGCCCGACUCUCCAACAUGAAGUGGCUCCCGCUCGUGGCGCUCGCGGUGCCCUCGCAGGCGUACCUGCGGUUCGGAUGCGCGACGCUGAGCGUGCAGCGGCUCGACCCCAUCGUCGAGCCGGGCCGGCUGCCGUCGUCGCACGUGCACCAGAUCGUCGGCGGCAACGCCUUCAACGCCACCAUGGACCCCAAGAUUGACAUCGCCGAGAAGGCCACGUGCACGACCUGCAGCUUCUCCGAGGACUUCUCCAACUACUGGACCGCCGUCAUGUACUUCAAGGCCCGCAACGGCUCCUACAAGCGCGUGCCCCAGUACCCCAACGCCCUGCUCGGCAGCCUCACCGGCGGCAUGACCGUCUACUACCUGCAGAAUGACUUUAGCACCAACGGCAAGGCCAAGAUCACCGCCUUCAAGCCGGGCUUCCGCAUGACGGUCGGCAGCCCGACCAACACCAAGGGCAACAACCCCGGGCUGCGGUACACAUGCCUGCAGGACGUGAUGACGCGGGCGCCGGAGACGGCCGAGUUCCCGGCCAAGCCGUGCCCGGCGGGCGUCAUGGCCAUCCACCACUUCCCGGCGUGCUGGGACGGCAAGAACCUCGACUCGCCCAACCACCAGGACCACAUGUACAACACGGGCAAGGGCGGGUUCGUGACGGCGGGGGCGUGCCCGUCGUCGCACCCGGUGCGCAUGCCGCAGGUGGCAUUCGAGACCAUGUGGAAUACGACGGGCUUCAACGACAAGUCGCUGUGGCCCGCCGACGGCUCGCAGCCGUUUGUGUGGUCGUACGACGACAGCAAGGGCCUCGGCACCCACGCCGACUACCUGUUCGGCUGGAAGGGCGACGCCCUGCAGCGCGCCAUGGACUCGACGCCCCUGCUCAGCAACGGCAUCAAGACCCAGAGCGUCGACCAGGCCAACAAGUGCUCCGUCAAGAGCACCAUCGUCGAGCCCAUUGACGGCUGGCUCGACAAGCUGCCUGGCAACCCCAUGCCCAUGUGA